AUGAAUACCCUAUACCGCUUCUGGUCAUUCUUCCUGCGGGAGAAUUUUAACCGCACUAUGUACAAGGAGUUUCGACGGUUCGCUGUUGAGGAUGCAAAGUUCGGUUCCCGCUACGGCAUUGAGUGUCUUUUCAGAUUCUACAGUUUUGGUCUCGAAAAGCGGUUCCGUGAAGACCUCUUCAAGGACUUUGAGGUGGAAACGCUGAAUGACUACGAGGCCGGACAUCUCUACGGAUUGGAAAAAUUCUGGGCCUUCUUGCACUACAGCCAACGCAAAAUUGAUGUUGACCCACGUCUGGCCGAGCAUCUUAAGAAGUACAAAACACUUUCGGACUUUCGGGCCAACGUAAGUUUCUCUUCGGUUCCUUCCCACACAAUUCGUGCCUACAAACUGUUCGAGCCUCCGGAUGGUUUCUUCGUAGCACGCGCUCGCCGGCGAACGAAAUCCGAAAUCCUGCCCGGUACCCUUUCUCCCUGUACUGAGAACCAAGUUGAUCCUCGGAGCACUGUCCUCUUCUCCAAGAACCUCUCCUCGAGUACCGAAGCGGUAAAUAAAACAAAGGGCCCCUCUAAGGAGACAGUAUCCUCCAGCGUGGUUGAGGCUGGUGAUACACAACAACAAGGAAAAGGGGCC